AUGGCUAGGAGAGUUAGGGAUGAUGUCAUGGAAACUUUAUUGGGGAGAGUAGUAGAUAUCUUAGAAAGGCAGAAUGAACCAGUUCUGAAUCGUGGAUUGUCUGAAUUUUGCAAGAAUAAACCCUCGCAGUUCCGAGGCGUGUUUAACCCUGAUGGUGCUCAACUUUGGAUAGAAGAAUUGGAGAAAAUAUAUGAGGCAAUGGUUUGCACCGAGGAGGAAAAGGUAACCUAUGCAGCUUUCAUGCUAGUAGGAGAGGCUGAAUAUUGGUGGCGGAUUACUCGCCAACAAUUAGAGACUGAAGGAAUCAUGAUGAGUGUCGGAGAAUAUGCAGCUAAGUUUGAUGAACUGUCAAAAUACUGCCCAUAUUUUGCUCAAGCUGAUGAUCGAUCUAGGUGUUCUAAGUUUGAAAGCGAGCUUCGACCUGAUAUCAAGCAAGCUAUUAGCUGUCAACAAGUCCAACAUUUCCCAACCCUAGUGGACAGAUGUCGAAUAUAUGAGAAUGACACCAAAGCUUGCCAAACACUAUUAAAGCAAUCUGGUCCUCAUCGCCCCGCUCAUAGUUUCGGUUCAAAAGGUAACGAAGUUCAGGAGAGACGUAAGCCGUAUUUUACGCCAACGAGGAGUUAUUGGAGUGAACCUAUAAAAAGCUAG